AUAAAUAAUUUGCAUCAAUAGUUGUAUACUAAUGAUUGCUAAUGAAAUUUUAUCUGAUAAGGUAUGAAAUAUGUUAAUAUAAUGUUAGCCAGAAGACUAAUAUUCAAGACUGGAGAAAGCUGUAAAUUUAAUUGAUGUAUAAUAUAUUAGAUGAUUGAAUUGUUUAAAUACGAUAAUUUACUAAAUAAUGAGUAUUUGGUUAGGAAAUUCGAGACUGAUAUAUUGAAGCCAGAAUGGUAUUUGCUACAAUAUGUAGUGGUAUAGAGAGAAAAUUCGAUUAAAAGCUAAUAUGUCUAAAACGAAUUAAACACUCGUAAAAAAUAUCAUUUAAUCUUAACUGAUGUAUAGAAUAUAUUAGAAUUAAUAGAUUUUGAAUAAAUUCAAUAAAUAAUUAUGGAAUUUCGAUCAUUAAAUGUUAAUAAUACGACCUUAUUUUCCAACAGAGAGAAAGAGAAUAUAAAUAAAAAUUCCAGGUCCUUAAGUUGCAAUAAUAAAAGAAACAUUAUAAAAAUCUGGGUUUGUUAAAGAAGAAUUAGUGUAUGAGGAAGAAAUAUAUUAAGCUGACAAGAGUUAUGUCAAAUUAAUAUUAACAUCAUAAUCAGAGGGUUAUGCAGUUGAAAUAUUUGAUUUUUUGAUGUCUAAGAAAGUAGAACUUUAAAUAGAUUCUGUAAUAAUGUAAAAUGUUGAUUAUUUGGAUGAAUUUCAUAAAUAAAUAAAUUCAAAAAAAUGUUAAAUGAUGACUAAGAAAAUUGAAUAAUAAGAUUUUGAUUAAUAAGAAUAUAAACGAAAUGAUUAAUAUGAAGAAUAAGAGAAAGAUCAUCUCUAUUAAAAAUCUAGACCUAGAGGAGGAAAUAGAGGAAGAGGAAAUUAUGGAUAUUAUAGAAAUGAAAAAAUAGAUGAUAGACAUGAAGAGAAAUAUCAGAAUAAAGAUAAGGGAGAUAGAAAUGAUCGAUAAGAUAGAGGAGAUAGAUAAGAUAGAUAAGAUAGAUAAGAUAGAAAUGAAAGAGGAGGAAGAACUCAUGAUAGAAGAGGAGGACAAAGAGAUAGAGGAAAUAAUGUAAAUAUUUAUUAUUUUUUAGUAAUAUGUCUAAAAAAAUGAAGUUCAUCAUUAAUAAUAAUAAUAAUAAGUAUAGUCAUAAUAAUAGCAAUAAUAAUAAAAUUAUUAAUUGAUUCCAAAAACAGUAUUAUAAAAGACUCCAAAAUAAAAUAUUAAGCCUAAUACAUUGAAUGCUAAUGAUUUCCCUGCCCUAGAUUCUGAAUAAAAGAGUUGAGUUAUACGAG